AUGGCCGAAGGAACAGUAACGACCCUCGCCGUGCCAGGCCAGCUACUGGGCGCUACGAGCGAGUAUCUGCCAGGGCCAGGCACACACAUUCACAACUCGAGCGUCUAUGCCUCGAUCCUGGGGCCGGUUACCACCACUACGCCUCCAAAACCAGCGGGGCCUCAAAAACGAUUGACGAAGAUCACCCCGGCAGCUCCAGCAGCCCUGCCUACCAUUUCUAUCGAGAGGAAGAUAUCUGCGGGCAAUCCAAAGGAUCCACGGGGCAGAACAAAGACGGAGGUCUUGCCGGAAGUGGGUAGUGCCGUGCUUUGCAGAGUGUCGAGAAUAACUCCCAGACAAGCCAAUGUCUCAAUUCUAGUCGUGGGGGAAACAGUGUUGGAUGGCGAGUGGCAGGGCUUGAUACGGGUGCAGGAUGUCAGGGCGACGGAGAAGGAUAAGGUCAAGAUAUUCGAGAGCUUCAGACCCGGAGACAUUGUGCGCGCGACUGUGAUCUCUCUGGGCGAUCAAUCGAAUUACUACCUCUCCACCGCAAGCAACAACCUGGGUGUCAUCAUGGCUACAAGUGAAGCUGGGAACACCAUGUAUCCCGUCAGCUGGAAGGAAUACCGGGACCCUGAGACAGGUGCCAGCGAGGCUCGAAAGGUUGCGAAGCCAUUCUAG